CUUCCGAGAAAAACGAACCGAAAUCGCGGUCUGUCGACGAAUGGACUUCGCGGUGAAGAAGGGAACAACAAAAUGAACUCGAUGGAAAAGAGGUUGGCGGAGUUGAUACGGGAACACCCGAAUCUGUACGACCCGACGCGACGGGACUACAAAGACAACUUGAAGGGGCACCUGUCAUGGAAAGAAAUUGCGGACGCCAUGGGAAAGUCAGAGGAAGAAGUGAAGCUGAAAUGGAAAAAUCUACGCGACAAGUUCUGUAAAGCGAAGAAACGACUGGCCAAGAGACACUUCCCCCUGCUGGACGACAACGAGAACCCGGCGGAGAGGCCUAUCCCGGUGCUGUACAACCAGCUAGCCUGGCUCAGCGCCUAUGUCAAACCCAGAGGAGAAAGAGGCAUGGGGGAGCCAGAGGAGAUAAGUGGAAGAGCAGACAAUGCUGAGAAGGAGCAAGAUAAAGAUGAGAAGGCGCAACUGGGCUCUCUGCCUGUCGUUAGCACCAGCUUUUCUCUUGCGGAGCCCUGUCCGACCAACGAUCAGGAUGUGGGAGCUUCCCUUAAACGCAAAAGGCAAACAACUGCAGAAGCGGAGAUAAGUUCUGCCGAUCCCCUCUCCAGCCUCAGAGAUGAAGAUGAACUGUUUUUGCUCAGCCUCCUGCCAUCACUGAAGAGACUAACCAUAAAAAAAAGGAUGGAAGUGCGGAUGAAAUUUCAGCAAGUGCUUUAUGCUGCUGAGUUUGAAGACUAAAGAGGGCAAAAGCCAACAAACACUGGUAGCUGGCAGUGUUUAAUGCUAUGGAUGUACAUUUUUAUUGGCCCAUUUGUCGAUAUUGGCGUUGUUGACUGGUAGAAGCAAACACUGAGGUCGGUGGCCGAUAUUUAUCUGUUGCGUUUAUUUUUUUAAGAAAACUGUUUUUAAAAAAAAUCUGUAUUUUUUUAUAUUUAAGAUUUCAUUUUCUCCCAGAAACAAAGAAAGGAAUAAAUAAUAAGAAAAAAUAUUGAUAUCAGAUAAUAAUUAAACGGUUAUUUUAAAUCGUUUGUAUCGGCCCAGACUUUCAUAAUUGUCACAUUUCAAGUUAAUGCCAUAUUUACAAAAAUCCGGAAGGAUUCGGCCUGUAAAUAAAUGUUUUUAACUAUUGUAAGUUAUUGGUAUUUAUUUUUGGAUUACUGUUGCUGUUGUAAUAUAUGAAAUAUAUGUAUUGUAUCCUGUAUCAAGAGUUUAAACUAAUUAAGACCCAUAAUAGCGUAGUACCAUUGGACGUGCAAAGAUAAAAGCUAAGCAGAUUUGUUCCAGUGUAACAUUUUUAAAUGUCUGAAAGAACAAAGUUUUCUGUAACUUUAUUAAAGGUAGAAAACAGUCUGAGUUAGUCUCAAAAUAGUUUCUCUUGCUAACACUCACUGACUGAUUUCAGACAGAGCCCACUGCCUUUACAUGAAUCACUUUUCAUUAUCUUUCUCAAAAGUCACUUUACUGUAUAUGUUUUAUAAAUAAAUGUUUU